GUGCCAGUUUCGUGGUGGCUUUGGGAGCGAGGAGUCGAGUAGUUCGAGUCGUCGGUCAGAAAUGUGAGCCCGGUACGUGCCCGCGUAGUUGUUUCUGGAAGGGGAGAAAUUCUGCCAAAUUUCGCUCAAAUAUUCCCGCCAUCGUUGCGCUGCGUCGAAGCCAUCCGUCCGCGGCGGGCGAGAGAGAGAGAGAGCGGUCGAGGACACAGUCGCUGAUUAGUCCGGCAAAUAGCGAGGCCGCAGGGCAGGUGGUGGUUCGAACGACGAGGAGCAGCAGCAUCAGCAUCGGCAGCAGCAGAAGGAGCACUAGCAUUAGCUCUGUGGCACUGGGCUUUGGCUGGGGCCUUCGUUUCUUUCCUUCUUUCGGUCGUUCGGUCGUUCGUUCGUUCGUUCGUUCGAUGUUUUGGAGCGAUAUCGGGAAAGGACGAUUUGUUAGUUGGAGGAACUUUUUGGUGGGCUCUUGCAAUUUUCUCCGACAAUUACCCGUGUGAAUGCGCUGACACGGGCAGAUGGAGGACUAGUUGUGCAGUGGUGGUGGUGGUGGGAGGGAGCGCUAGGGGGAAUUCUUGAGACAGGAGAAGGGAAGGGAGACCAGGAGCGCGAGCGUGGAGAAAGAAAGCGGAGUCCGAGGAGGCAUCGGCAAUGGUCGGGAGCACUCGCGCCAUUGUGCUUGGUGCUGAUCAGCGGAAAGAGGCGGGUGGGAGGCGGUGUGGGGCCGACCAAUUUUCGUAGACAGGGUUUUCCUUCUCGUUUCUGGGCGCCAACAGUCAGCGCACAGUGGGCUUCGUUGGUUUGCGCUACAUCAACCUCGCCUGACAUUUUUCUCUAUCCGGUUUCUGCUUCCGCACUGCCCCUUCUUGGAGCUCGAGCAAGAAAUGGGCUUCUUCCCGACCUGUCGGCCAGCCUGAGCUUCGGCUCGGAUUUUUUCCUCCCUUCUUUCCCUCUCUUCGCGGUCUGGUCUCAGUGGUAUCAACAGGUGGAAUUGGUUCGAAAUGGACAUAGGAGAUUGAAGGGAAAGUUACAGCUUAGAGCUAGUGCAGGAAAGUGAGCAGAGUUGGUUCUUCAAAUCAGGCAGGAUGCCACCGCGCCAUAAGAAGAAGAGGAAAACUCCAGCAGCAGCGGCAGCUGCAGCAGCUGCAGCGAAGAGACGGGAUUGGCUCGUGGGUGAUCUGGUAGUCGCUAAGCUCCGAGGACACCGGCCAUGGCCUGCCCAGAUUCAAAAGCCAGAAGACUAUGGAUACGAGGCGCGACCCCACAGAAUCUUUGUCACCUUCUUCGGAACAGAGGAGACAUGCUUCUGUACACACAACAAGAUCACGCCUUUCACUUCCGCCAUGAGGAAAAACAUGGCCGAGCAACUUCAGAAAAUCAACACUAAUCCCGAGCUUGAAAGGGCUAUCAAGGAGAUUUUUGCAGCAGACGAUGAACUCAAGGUGUCGAUGAAAUCACAACAUAAGUCGGACGAUGAAAAAUCGGACGAGGAAGACGAACGGCCGGCUGAGGCUUCUUCCAAACCCCCGAGGAAGAAGGCCAAAAUUGCCCCUCAAGACGACGCAGUAGUGCAGGAGCCGGAACCAGUGGUUCACAGUGCCGGGAAAGAAAGUACUAGACCUACGAGGGCAGGAGCGGCGGCGGCAGCAGCUGCGACUGCUGCCGCGCAGUCGUCAAAGCAGGAGAAGGUAACUGGUAGUGGUUCGUCUGUCAAAAACAUGACAGCUGAUCAAGUUCAAAAGCUCCCUCGUAAGGUGAGAAUCAAAGUGUCAAGUCAAAGCUCCGAUUCGGCUAACCAUCACAGUGGCGAAGUAACCGCAGCAGUCACCGACAAAGCAAGUUUGAGUUCUCAAUCUCAGAAGAGCGAAGUGUCAUCCGCUUCGAGAAGUGAAACCGGUGCCGAAAAGAAGGCCGAAGCCACUUCCUCCCCUCCCAAGAGCACAGGUGCUGAAGCAGAGUGCUCCAAAAAUGGAGAUGUGGAAAUGGAGGAGGAUGUGGGCGACGCCACUGCCACCGAUGCGGAGGUUUCGAAAAAGAGCGGUGAAAUUUGUUCGGCAGAAGCAGCCGAAGACGAAGAUUUCUCCAACGCAAACGAGGUUGAUAGUGCCAAGAUUGAGGUAGCAGGAGAUGAUGAGACCAUGGUUGAGCUGCUCGAUGUUGCGAAGGAGAGCGCAGUGGAAGAUAGCGAGAAGGACUGUGAGAGCACCGCCAUGAAGAUGGAAAUUGAUAUUCCAUCGGAAGUAGAGGCUCUAGCUGGAAAGGAGUCGAUUGACGAGGGCAAGAGCGGAACUACGUCUUCUUCUGUAGACGAAGAGAAGACAGAGAAACUCAUUAGUAUUGCGGCCGAGGAUAGGGAGGAUCAGGACGACACAGCACGAGGGACCGACACAGCAGGACGCAAGGAAGGAAAGGUCGCAGUGGAUACUGUAGAAGAGAAAUGCGACCCUGCCCCGGUACCAGAGGACGAAGAUAAGGUUUCUAGUAGUACAACAGAAUCAAAUCACUGCAAGCUCUCUGCUGAUAGCACGGCCAUGAAUGCAGAGGACGAGAAGGUUUGUCAAAGCCAAUUGAAACUUUCAGACAAGAAGGUUUCUGCCCCCAUUUCCGAAGCGACGGAGGAAGGUGAGGAUUGUGACGGCAAAAUCGAAGCCAUAGAGGUAGACAAGGUUACCGAAAGCGAAGCUCAAGGGGUAGACGAAGACAAGGUCUGCGAUAGCCCAGCCGAACCCAUGCAGGUUGAGAGGGAGUGCAAAAGCACAACCGAAGAUAAGGAGGAAGAUCCGGCAGGUGAAAGCACGGUGAUAAGUCAGGAUGCAGAGAAGACUGCGACGGAGGAGAAGGAUCAGAUCUCCUCGGAUCCUCUAACGAGCGCUAGUAAGGAGAUGACGGAUACCCCAGCAAUUUCUGAAGACGACCUGAGAAAGUGCGAAACACCAGCUGUUGUUGACGAGAAAGUGAAGGAUUCGGAAUCCGCAUCGAUUGAUGCAGAUGAGGCCAAGGAUUGCGAUCUGCCGACAAAUGUCAAAGAGGACGGAAAGGAUUUCGACCCUCCCGCAAAUCUCAAAGACGAAGUAGAGGUUUGCGAUCCACCGGCAGACGUCAAAGAUGAAGCGGAGGAUUGCGAUCCUCCGGGAAAUGUAGAAGAGGAACAAAUGGAUUGCAAUACUCCAGCAGAAGCUAAAGAGGAAGGAACCGAUUGUGAUCCGCAGGUAAGCGUUCGAGAGGACGUAAAGGAGUGCGAUGCCGGAUCAAAUAUCAAUGAGACUAAAAUUUCUGAAUCCCAGGUUAAUUUCAAGGACGAAGUGAAGGACUGCGAUCUUCAAUGUUAUGCCAAAUCAGAAGAGAAGGAUUGCGACGGGUCAGUCAAUGUUAUGCAGGAAAAGGUAAAUGAGAACGCAGCUCCAGUGAAAGACGUGGUAGAAGACGAUGUGAACAGAAGCGAGAGGCCGGCCAUGGCUUUAAGGGAAGGGAAGGAUUGUGGGGUGCUUACAUCUGUACAUACAGUAGGGAAAGAAGGGGGGAGUGAAAACAAUCCUGAAGUUAAGGUGGAAGCCAAAGACCUAGGAACCACUCCAGUUAUGAGAAAGGAUGGUGAAACCGAUGCCGAGGUGAUAACCUCGGUAGAAGCGGUGGAGAAGGAUCAGGAGCAGGAAGUGAAUAAAGAUGGAGGGAAGGACGACGUAGUUAUGGAUGAUAAUUGCGAUGGUCACCUUAUGGACAAGGAGAAAGAGAAGUCACUAGACGCAAAUGUGGAGGAUAUUAUCAAGAGCAAGGUAGCAGAAUCAGCGCCCGAGAAUGAGCUGAAAGAGGAAACUGGUUCAGCCGCACCAGUAGCCAACUAGGUUUUGCACCAUGUCGGAAAGUUCAAAGUUUGACAGGUGAUGUUUUGAUCUAACUCUGAGCGAACUUGAGCUUGCAAGGCGGCAACCCUUGUGACCUUUCCUGAUUAUAUCAGAUCUGGGCAUUUGUUUGCUGUUGUGCACUUCUUAUAAACGUUCAAACAUUGAAGCCAACAGCCAACUGACCAGUAACUACAUGGAUUCCCUUGCCUGUCGCUCUGUCCAGAGCAAGCUUGCUGAUGACCUGUGAUGCAAAAGCUAGUCUUUUUUUUUGCUAGAUAGUGAAUUAGUCUCAGCAGUCAGAGCAUCAGGACAGCUGGGCAGUGUAUGCCAUUCAUAUUCCACCGUGCAGGUCCUUUUGUCGCAGGCAAUCUUCUGUACUGUUCCACGUUAGGCUGACAGUCAGACACGGACUCCAUCCAAGGUUUCCAGGAGUAGUAAAACCAGCGGAGGGUGUAGCCCACAGAUUAGCUUGACUGUAGGAAGGUCGGUGUAGGUACAGUAGUAUAACCACGUUGAUGGUGAAUUCGGUGACCUAGUCUACAGCCAAAGUGAAAACUCAUGGCAAGUUUUACGCCUUUGUAAGUGCUCAGUUAUAUUCUAUUGGACUGUCCU